AGCUUCUGUUGCAUUAGUCCACGACCUUCAGAAACUGGUUUUAUACCUAGUCUGAGUUAAGCCAGUCGAAGCUUAACGAUGGGAAACAUGGUUAAGCCUUUCCUGCAGGGACGAAGGCUCCUUGAAACAUUUUUGGUUUUGUGUCUGUUGAUUUACGUCAUGGAUGUUCCAUCAGCAGCUAAGGCUGCAGGCAAAGUCAAUAAACAUGUAUGGGAUGUGAGAUACAAUUACGUGUCUCCAGAUUGCUAUAAGAAGCUGGCUAUUACGAUCAAUGGAUUGGUUCCUGGACCAACCAUCCAUGCAGUCGAAGGGGAAACAGUUGUCGUGCAGGUUACAAAUAGUCUGGUAACUGAAAAUGUUGCCAUUCAUUGGCAUGGAAUUAGACAGAUUGGAACACCUUGGUCUGAUGGAACAGAAUCUGUCACACAGUGUGCAAUCCAACCAGGGGAUACCUUUGUAUACCAGUUUGUUGUAGAUAAAGCUGGAACAUAUAUGUAUCACGCACACUAUGGUAUGCAACUAGGAGAUGGGAUUUAUGGCAUGAUUCGUGUGAAGGCUGCCCAUAAAGAACCCUUUUCCUAUUCAUCUGAGCAUGAAAUCCUUCUAAGUGAUUGGUACCACAAGAAUGCAUACGAGCAUGCUAUUGACCUCUCUUCAGAGCCCUUUGUUUGGGUUGGGGAACCUAAUUCAGUUCUCAUACAAGGAAGAGCAUUUGCUUGCAAUGAACCAGGAACUGAAGCUGGCCAAUGUAAAGAACCAAAUCGAAAAUGUUCACCUUUUUCAUUGAACGUAAGGCCUGGCAGGACAAUCCGACUAAGGAUUGGAAGCUUGACUGCUUUAUCAACAUUGAGCUUUGAAAUUGAGGAUCAUGAAAUGACUGUUGUUGAAGCAGAUGGUAACUAUGUGGAACCAUUUAAGGUCAAACAUCUGUAUCUCUACUCGGGUGAAACAUAUUCAGUCCUAAUAAAAACUUCCCCAAAAAAGGAUCGUUCGAGAAACUACUGGAUGGUUGCGAAAGUAGUCAGCCGCGAAAGCAGCACCCCAAGUGGAUUAGCCAUCUUAAACUACAAUUUCAAUCCUCCUUUGGCUCUACCUCCCACUGAUCCACCUGCAGGACCUCAUUGGAACGACACUUCAGAUCGAAUUGAUCAAAGCGUAGCAGUCAAAGCGCACCAUGCUUAUCUUAACCCUCCUCCAAAGAAAUCAGACAGGACUAUUAUUCUGCUCAAUACACAAAAUAAAAUAGAAGGAAAAGUCCGCUGGUCCCUCAACAAUGUCUCCCUGAACCUACCCCAUACGCCAUAUUUGAUUGCCCUGAAGGAGAACUUAUCCUAUGUUUUGGAUCACAAAAUUCCUCCAGAUAGCUAUGAUGUUGAAAACUAUGAUAUCCAUAGCGUUCCCAAGAAUACUGAGGCUCACCCCAGUACCGGUGGAUUGUAUAGAUUGAAGUUCAACUCAAUUGUGGAUGUCAUUUUGCAGAAUGCAAAUACAAUGACACCUAAUGUUAGUGAGACUCAUCCAUGGCAUCUUCAUGGCCAUGAUUUUUGGGUGCUGGGAUAUGGCAGGGGAAAGUUUAACAUGGCAACCGACACGGCUAGCUACAACCUGACAAAUCCAAUCAUGAAGAAUUCAGUGCCUCUUCAUCCUUAUGGAUGGACUGCACUGAGAUUUAGAGCUGAUAAUCCAGGGGUUUGGGCUUUCCAUUGCCAUAUUGAGUUUCAUUUCUUCUUGGGAAUGGCUGUGGUUUUUGAAGAAGGGAUUGAUCAAGUUGGAGAAUUGCCUGAUUCUAUUAUGGGAUGUGGUGAAACUAAACCGUUUGUUAAGCCAUGAUUAUUCUAGCUUCCAUAGGCAGAAAAAAUAAAGACAAACAGUAUUAGUAUUGGCACGGCACAAAUCCUAGCCCUUUGGAAAUUUCUUUUAAAUUGACAACCAUGCCCUUCACUAGUCAGAGAUUGGGUUCAUUUUGAAAAUGAUAAAUUUAUCAUUUUAUGAAUAAUUUGCUGUGGAAC